AUGUCUGUGGACUUUACGUCAAAGGCGGUGGAUCUAUUGAAGCGUGCGACUACGCUUGACGAGGCGAAGGAAUAUGAGGAGGCCUACCGCUGGUACAUGGAUUCCAUUGAAGUUUUUAUGACGGCCAUAAAGUACGAGAAUAAGAAUCCGACCAAGAAGGAAAUGCUAAAGAAUAAGGUGCGUCAAGUUAUGGAGCGGGCGAAGAUGAUCAAGGAGUAUUUGGAUGGGUCAAAGGAAGGCGACAGCAAUGUUGGAAACACAGGCAGCACAGCGCAGAAGACCGCCUCCGCGAGUAAGAAGGCCAAGGAAGAAGAAGAGGACAAGCAACGCAUGAGGAAUGCACUGGGGGGCGCCAUCGUGCGUGUGAAACCCAACGUGAAUUGGUCACAAAUUGCCGGUCUUGAGGGGGCAAAGGAGGCACUGAAGGAGGCGGUGAUUCUACCGGUCCGCUUUCCUCAGCUGUUUACUGGCAAUCGCAAGCCAUGGAAGGGUAUUCUCAUGUACGGUCCACCUGGUACCGGCAAGUCGUUUCUUGCAAAGGCCGUGGCAACCGAGGCGGACGGCACAUUCCUGAGUGUCAGCAGUGCGGAUCUGAUGUCUCGAUGGUUGGGGGAUUCGGAAAAGUUGGUAAGAAACCUGUUCGAAAUGGCCCGGGAGGCGUGGAAAACGGACGGGAAACCUGCCAUUAUAUUUAUUGAUGAGAUUGAUUCAAUGUGCUCUUCCCGGACAGACGGUGAAAACGAUGCCCUGCGUCGCAUUAAAACGGAGUUUCUGGUGCAAAUGCAAGGGGUGGGCCAUGAGGAUGAUGGGGUGCUGGUGCUUGGUGCCACCAACAUUCCAUGGUCACUUGACAGUGCCGUUCGUCGCCGUUUUGAGCGUCGUAUUUACAUUCCGCUUCCAGACGUUCAGGCGCGGUAUCAGAUGUUUAAAAUUCAUAUAGGAGACACUCCACACACUCUAACCGAGAAGGAUUGGUACGAAUUGGCGCGAAUGACGGAUAAAUACAGCGGCAGCGAUAUCAAUAUUGUUGUACGAAACGCCAUGAUGGAGUGCAUUAGAUCCGUGCAGGUGGCAACUCACUUCAAGCGUGUGACAGGACCAGAUUUGAAGGAUCCCACGCGAAUGACCAACAACCGUCUGGUGCCCUGCUCACCGGGCGACCCGGAGGGCUUCGCGAUGACGGCGCAAGAGAUUACGGAGCCUGGGUUGCUGAUGCCGCUUCCAGUAACUAUGCAGGACUUUGUCAAGGCACUGCGCACCGCCCGUCCUUCUGUUGCGGAUGAUGAUAUUACGCAACAUCUCAAGUUUACCGAAGAAUUUGGACAGGAGGGGUAG